CAACACCCCGCCAUGCCGCUGUACGAGCUCUUUUGCAUCGCCUCGCACAACCCAACAUCACCAGCCGGCCUCCGGCAGCUGAUCCGUUCCGUCGCAAACCAGGUGCACGGAACAGGCGGUGUUGUGCGCGACCUGCGCGCACUUGGUGCCGGCUUGACGCUACCUUACCGCAUGAAGCGCAACCAGCAGUUUCACGAGCGCGGCGACCACUUCACGAUGUCAUUUGACACCUCGCCGGUCGUGUUGAAGCGCAUCAACGAGACGCUGCGCCGCGACCCAAUGGUCGUGCGCUGGAUGCUCACGAAGAAGGGCGCUGCAGUGUGAGUUCUGAGAUUGUGUGGCGUACGGUCAAAGCCGAGAGUAGCUUGGCAGGAGGCCAUUCCCAUUCCCAUUCUCAAAGCAUUCCCGCUAAUAGUUUCCAGUCGCGAGCUCAACCCCGCACCGCCCUCGACGGUCCAUAUGCUUGGGCAGGAAGACUUGGGCCGCUACUAAGUUGCAUUGUACACUAGACAG